GGAAUCCAGUUGUAUGGUUUGAUCGGACUCGGAGCUGUGUGACGAGUACUUCACCUUCCUGUUUACAUUCGCCAAUCCGCCAGUCGAUGUGAAAUCGUUUAUCUGCAGUACACACUGAGUUAUAUAUUUUUCUCCAAACUUGCAUGCCUUCAUAACAACAGUGGGAUUGUACGGCUGUCUCCCACUACUCCGCUGCGUGCUAGACAAACUCUUUGCCGGACGACAUAUGGUGAUGUGGAGUCUAGUAGCGACAGUCAAAGUAUACUGGGAUGGCUUGGACACAUCGCAACACGUACAUUGCUAUUGUACUAGGGCAUUUAUCAAUGAUAGGCAGUUCUGUGUAUGGGGCACUGAGGAAGGUGCGUGUAUGAAGGAAGACUUGGAAGGGAAGUUAUCGAUAUGCAGCCCUGAAGACUUAGUUGACUUGGAGAAAUAUCCAAGUAAUCAGGACGGAAAUAAACCAACCAAUGAAAAAGUGAACGACAGUUCUGAUUUAUCUGAUCAGGAAGUGGAUAUGAAGUCUGAAAAGACAGACCUGGGUGAAUCAGAUGAACUACUGAAUGAUAAAGAACAUUCAGCCAAUCAAUGUGGGUGUAUUAAUGAACAUCAGUUUAUCAACCCAAUCAUGCAAUCAGCCAAUGAAAAUCAGUGUACUAAUCAAACCAGUCAUUCAGCCAAUAAACAUCAGUGUACCAACUCCACAGUUCUAGUGAACACCAAUGAUUUAGCCUAUGGUUCUCCGGUGAAACCAUUCGAAGGUGAAUUUAUAGGGGAGGAAGAUUUGAUGUUAAAGAUGGGAUUACCAGUGACAUUCUUAAAUUCACCAAGAGAUCUUGAUGAGGAAUCAAGAACAAUGCACUUAAUAGAUAAAUUAGGGAAGUCUGAGAGAAAGAAGAAAAAAAGGAGAAAAAGAAGAAAUAAAAAAUCAAGAGAUCAGAGACUCGAUGAAGAAUAUGAGGCUGUCUAUGUUGAAUCUGGUACUACAAAUAUUAAUAACUGGGAGGAAUAUUGGGCUGAAAAUGGCGAGGUGCUUCUGUGGCAAACUUGGGUUGAGAGGUACCCAGAAUUUCAAGAGAGCACUGCCAGAGAGGAUGAUAAUGAAAAGCAUCUGUAUGUGUCUCCAGAUGAACUAAAAAAUGAUGAUCUAGAGAAACUUUCAAACUUUGAAGUAAAAUCUGGUGAAUUAAGGAACAGUGAUUUGAGAAAUGAGGACCAAAUAAACCUAGAAACUAGAAAUGUUGAAAAAACAAACUCUGAUAUCUUAAUAUCUGAUGAAAAUCUUCUGGUAGAAGAGAAAGAGAAGAACAGAGAUGUGGAAUUGUUACCAUGGAAACUCCAUCCAUGUGAAAAUGAGAAAUGGAAGACUAAAUGGGAAGAGCAUUUUUCAGAACAGUACUGGUAUUACCAUCAGUGGUAUGAUGAGUGGAUGAGAACUCAAGAAACUGACCAAUCAGGUUGUCCAGAUCAAGCAUGUGAUCAAAUGGGCCAAUCAAAAGAUGUGUUAGAAAGGUUGACAUUCGUUGAUGAAUCGAUUCAAGAUGAGGAAAGAUCAUGUGACCUACUGUAUGAUGUAAUUAACCAAUCAGAGGAGAGUUCAGAAAAUUGUGUCAUGUUUAACGAGAGUCAUGAACUCCAUAUAAAAAACUCUGAACAUGGAGCAGCGCAUCUGAAAGAAGGAACAUGUUUGCUGUCAUGUGACAUGUCAUGUGACAACCAAUCAAACAAACAAGAAACUACAGUGGAUACUGAGCAUGCUCAGAAUACAAAAAAAAAUCAAACACUUGAAUAUCUGCCGAAUAAUCAACUUGCCAGCCAAUCGGAUAGCCUGUAUUUAGACACUGCAGUGGACACUGAGCAUGCUCAGACCUCGCUGUCUGAAUGUAUCCAGUCAGAAGGUGUUUGCGAAAGCGAACCGUUAGAUACUCCUGGAUCUGUGCAGUAUGUUAGUCACAUGGAUGAUGAUAUUUGUGCAAAAUUGAAUGAUGAUAUGAAAAAUAUUGAUAUAGAAGAAAAGACGAAUGAUUUGAAAACUGAUGUGUGUUACAAUGAAAAAAACGGUGAGCCAUACGAUGGAAAUUCAAAGAAUGGAAAUGGUGAGGAGAGUCAAAUAACAGGCUCUACCCAGUCUCAGUCAAACGUUGGUAACACAAAUACAUCAGUCAGAAAUCUGCACCACUGUGAAAGGUCAUUGAAAGGUCACAGUGAUGAAGAUGACAGUGAUCCUCCAGAAGAUCUACCAAUCAAAUACAAACGCAGUCAUGAGCUGGACCCGGACGAACUGCAACGACAGAAAAAGAAAGUUUACAAAGUUCUUGGUUUUCAAGCAGACUCACAAGCAAAAAAUUAUUCCGGCCUGCCAAACGUGAAAUGUGUCAAUGCCAGAUAUAGGGACAAAACAGUCAAAAAGAAAUCUAAGAAAUUAAAAAAGAAACAAAAAGCAACGAAAUUAGGUAAUGAUGACAAAGACCUAAAUACCAGAGAAAGUGAUGCACUACAAAAUGUCAAAAAGUUCUUACUAUCUGCUGAUGACCAGAAUGAUAUUGAAGCUGAUACACUUGGAUCACACCAUAUUGUAGAAGGGGGUGUUGGUGUACUUGAAGAAGAGAUUUCUAGUGAUUCCUGCAAUAGUAGUGAUGAGACGAAUUUGAUUAAAAGCAUAAAGGGACAAUGUCAACAUGAAUAUUUGAACGAUUUUACUGAAAAUUUUGCUAUGGGAACUGGUCAGCAGAGUCCUAGAAAUAACGAUGAAAAAUCUAAUGAUAUCAUGGGAAUUGAAGAAAAAUUACUGAAUGAGACACCUAGUGAAGGGAGUAGACAUGUUGCCAAGAUACCAGAUGAGCUGAAGGAUGAUCUUGAUAUUCAGAAAUAUUGGGCUCAGAGGUAUCGUUUAUUCUCUAAAUUUGAUGACGGUAUAAAGAUGGACAGAGAGGGUUGGUAUUCAGUGACACCAGAGAAAAUAGCAGCACAUAUUGCAGAGAGAUGUCAGUGUGAUCUGAUAGUCGAUGCGUUCUGUGGAGUCGGUGGAAACGCUAUACAAUUUGCUCAUACGUGUGAACGAGUAAUUGCCAUCGAUAUUGAUCCUAUGAAGAUUGAGUGUGCCAGACAUAAUGCGGAGGUAUACAAAGUUGCUGACCGAAUUGAGUUUAUCACAGGGGACUAUAUGAAGCUGGCACCUUACAUCAAAGCUGAUGUUGUAUUCUUGAGCCCUCCAUGGGGCGGUCCGGACUACUUACAAGCAGAAGUUUUUGACAUUGACACCAUGAUGGACAUCAGUGGAUUUGAUAUUAUCAGAGAAACCAAGAAAGUCACAGACAAUAUUGCGUUAUUUAUGCCAAGAAAUGCUAAUUUUGACCAGCUGGCGUCGUUAGCCGGACCUGGUGGCAGAGUGGAAAUUGAACAAAAUCUACUGAAUAAGAAACUGAAAACUAUCACAGCGUAUUAUGGAGAACUGGUAAUGGGAUGGUAAUAGUAGAACAUAUCAAGUGCCAUUUGUUUUCUGUCAAAAUGGAGUAAAUUUGUUAAAAUUUUUUGUAAUUUUCACUGAAUUCAUACUUAAUUUUAAAUCAUACAGACAAAAUGAAACAAUGCUUCUAGUUUUUGAUCAAAAAAUUUGAAUUUUUUUGUCAGCAUUAUCUGUGUAAAAUAGCAGACUAUAAAUAGAACUAUUGUGUGGAUGGUGCCUAAAGAUGUCUUUGGCGAUCAGAGGGUUAGAGUUAGCUUGCAAAGUCAGGAUUUAUUGUCAAUUUAGCCUUUUUAGCGUGAUCACGAAAACUAGCGUGACCGCGAAAGAAAUUCCGACUGGACGCAUCUGCAGGCGACCCCCUGCGUUGAGGUAAAAACCGGAGCGGAAUCACUCAAGGUGACUAUGCUAAUUAAAAGUUGCUGACUAGCACCAUAGACCUACCAACAGCCAUGCUAGCACUGACAACGAAUCAAGUGCAGCUCCGAUGUUUGAAUCACAUUUCCACUGUAAUUUUUGAGAGUGAAAUAACUAAACCACAGCACCAUUACCACCAUAAUUCUAACCUACACUACAUGACAUUACAACAGUUCAUCCCGUGUCAGCUACAUUUUCAGCUCUAAACUACCGUACAAGAUACAACUAGCAGCAAAACAUUCACAUGUUUCAGUGACGAGUCCGCCAUUUGCAAUGUGACCCAACCUUUAAUAGGUCAUGUUUACUUUCACAUACCCAUUCCUAAAUAAUCAAUGACAAA